AUGUUUGGACAGACUACUAUUAUCGGUGCGCUCAUCAGCGCCGUCUCCGCGGGUACUAUCCUGUGGGACGGUCGCUUCAAUGACAUGACUUCAAGCGCAGACUUGGACAAGUGGUCGUGGGCAAAUCAAGUUGGCAACUACCAAUACUACAUCCACGGAUCAGGUGCCACCUCCAAAUACGUCAAUCUGUCGCCAAAUUACAAGAACCCCGGAGAUACCGGCAGCAAGCAAGGUGCCAGGAUCACCAUCGACAGCACAGCCAAGUGGAACAGCGACAUGUGGAGGACAGAGCUGAUUCCCCAGACCAAGGCUGCUAUCAACCAAGGAACAGUCUACUACCACUACUCCAUCAAGAGGUCUUCCACCAACGUCCCAAGUGCGACCAACGAGCACCAAAUCUGCUUCUUCGAGAGCCACUUCACCGAGCUCAAGUACGGCUGGAUCAGCGGAGAAUCCGGCACAAGCAACACCAACCUGCAGUGGAUGGUCAGCGGACAGAGUAAGUGGAAGACUGAGCUCAAGGCCGACGAAUGGCAUAACGUCGUAUACGAGAUCAACUUUUCUUCCAAGCAAGUCAGCUUCUGGCAUUCGACCGGCAACAACACGCUCGUCAAGACUGCAGGACCUUUCUCCACUAGCACAUCUUCCAACGGUGCUGAUUGGCAUCUUGGUGUUCUUCGUCUGCCCCGCCAGGGUAACGAUGGCAGUGGCGCUGAGGACUGGUACUUUAGCGGUGUUUACGUUGAGAGUGGCUCGCUUACUACUUCAGUGGCUAGUCCUUGA